AUGAAGAAGAAGGCCUAUGCGGUGGCCGUGGCGAUUCAGGUGAUCCUGGCCUCCACUGUGUUGCUAUCCAAGGCGGCCUUCGACGGCGGCCUCAGCCUGUUCGUCUACAUCUUCUACCGCUUGGUAGCUGCAUCGCUCUUCCUGACGCCAUUUGCUAUCCUUGAAAGGAGAAAUGCGCCGCCAAUAUCUUUCCGGUUGCUUGCCAAGAUGUUCUUGUACGCGCUAGUCGGGAACACAUUGGCCCUGAUCCUGUACAACGGCAGCCUCAAGUACACCUCUCCAACCGUGGCAUCUGCGAUGGCCAACUCCAUCCCUGCCAUCACCUUCUUCCUCGCGCUGCUCAUGAAGAUGGAGGUGAUCAAGUUUAGGAGCUCGUCGGGCAUGGCCAAGACCGCCGGCAUCGCGCUCUGCCUCGCCGGAGUCCUCGUCAUGGCCCUUUACGCCGGCCGGUCACUCAGCCCUCUAGGCCGGCACCGCGUGCUUGCCGGCCACGGCGACAGGCAGGCUGCCGAACAUGUCUCCAAGGGCGUGUGGAUCACGGGGACGUUCGUGAUGCUGCUUGGCUGCGUAGCAUGGUCCCUCUGGAUGGUCUUCCAGGGGCUGCUGCUGAAGGAGUACCCGAACAAGCUGCUCGCGACCCUGAUCCAGUGCCUGUUCGGCGCGAUGCAGACGUGCCUCGUCGCGGCGGUCGCGGAGAGGGGUCACCCCUCCAGAUGGAAGCUCGGGCUGGAUCUCUCCCUGAUCGCCGUUGCAUACUCUGGCAUCGUCGGGACAGCCGUCAACUACUACCUGCAGACGUGGUGCGUGGGCAUGGAGGGCCCCGUGUUCGUGGCCAUGUGGAACCCCUUGUGCUUGCUGCUCACCGUCCUCUGCUCCUCGCUCUUGGGGGAGACCGUCCACCUCGGAAGUAUUUUGGGUGGGAUUCUGCUGGUUGGGGGGCUCUACUGCGUGCUCUGGGGCAAAACCAAGGAGGAGGAAACACGAGUGGCCAUGGCGUCCGGUCAUCUAGAGCAGGGUAGAGAGCAAGGUGAUGCGGAUGGUGCAAGUUGUACUAGUACUCCCGUGAUCUUGAAAAACCUAGAUGAAGAUAAAGAGGCCGGAGGUCGGAAGCACAAAAAUGAUCAGCAAGUGUGAGGAGGAUGCCUCGAGUAGUCAUUCAAUCACCAAACCUAUCUACCGGAUUGCUCUGACAUUGUAUAAUUGUAUUAUACAUUAUAGUAGUCCAUGAUUGUGCCUAUGUAUACAGCAUGUCUGUGUAUGUGUAUGUGUAUGUCCACUCCGCGAAAAUGG